UUUACUUUGACAGCCGGUGCUUCCGGUGUGGAGCUCCGAGCUGCAGGUCUUUGGUUCCAGGACAGAAUCCAGGUUCACUCCAACAUUUAAGAGAAGAGGAGGAUUGGAAGAAGAAGACCUGUGAGGAAGAGUCGCUGUUUUCUUCACUUCCGGCAGAGAAACGUGCGGGAAAAGUCCCGCUCGGCCAGAGGCAGCUGCUGCAAGGCAUGCUGGGAAACCCGCGGUGGGCGGGGCCGAGGGGACGGACAUGAAGACGAAAGGAAAAGAUGUUCUUCUCCACGGCUGUUACAAGUUCCCCAAUAAAAGGAAAGCUGCGAGUGGAUCACUGCAGGAGCCUCGACGCCUCCCUGCUCUCCCCGGACUCCUCCUACGUCUGCUACCCGGCGGCGGAGGGCGGCGCCCCGUGUUCCUGCCGCCGCUCGCCGCGCCUCCUCCUCAACGGGUACUACGGCGUCAGCGAGGACAGCUUCUCCCGGGACGAGGACGGCAACGUGUCGCUGACCCCCUGCAGGACCAGCGUGUCCUACAAGGAGAACCCGGUCCGCGUGUUCCGGCGGCGCCGGCGGCCUCGCGGCGCUCUGGCUCGCCUGCUGAGCGACGUCACGGAGAGCUGCCAGUCGUGGCUGGACGAGAGAGUCUUCAGAGGCGUGUUCGGGAAGGGACAGGACCGGGACCGGGACCAGGACCAGGAAGGACCAGCCUCGUUGGACGAGUCAUCCUGGUCCGGACUUAACAGCACCGAGCUGGACGACAGCCGCCACUUCACUUACGACCACACUGAGAUCCCGCCCCCUCCAGACAAAGUGGCCCCGCCCCCGAAGCCACUCCUCCAGGAGGAGAUUUGUUCUGAGACGUGUCGAUCAAAAGAGCUCAUCACCCAGUCGCUGGGAGGCCUCUCUGAAGUCCCGCCUCCUUCAGCUGACUUCAGCUGCUGUCCGUCCUCACCUGAGCGCGCAGGGUCAACGAUGAAGGCUCUUCUUCUCAUCUUCAUCGUCUUCAUCCUCACCGCUCUGCACUCUGGGCGUCCCUUGUGGAGCGCGGUCGUCGCCUCGGCGGCGCUCGUGGCGAUCUCAGCGCUCAUGUUCGUCACGAGGUCGGGCCCGAUGGCCGAGUGGAGGAAGGCGAAGACGGAGGACAUCACGCCAGGGAACGAGUGAGGGACGCCGGCGGCGUAGAGGAGGAACAGGAAGUGUUUCAAGUGUGAGUCCGUCUUAAAGAAGAGUUUUAAGCGCUGAGCCCUUUCAAUGCACACGGCGUCGCGUGUUGGAGCGCCGAGUAUAAAACGCAUAGAAGUCCCACCGCGUGCUGGUUGUAAAAUGACAAAGUUAACUCGUCAUUAACUCGUUAACUCGAGUUGCUGUAGUUUAUGAUCAAAGCAUCCAAAUGGACCGGAUGUUGUCCUGAUGUAAAUGUGUCUUCUGUGCUUUUUGGGCCUCAGACUGAAACUCGCCUGGAGAACCAAUUGAGGUCCGACAGCACUUAUUUUCAAAAUAAGAGCUGUGACUGAAAUCUAAAAUGAUCAAAUGCAGAACACACACCUGAAGUUCUGGUUGAUCAACCCAGAAGAUAAAAGCCAUUUAUCUCCCUGAAGAAUAACAUUUUAUUAAUUAAUAUUAAUAGUAGUCUCAUUCCAAAAUUAAAGAAGAAAGAAGUAACAGUACAGUUAAGCUGCACUAGCUCCGAUUUUAUUGUGGAAAUCUGUAUUGUGGCUUCCUAGAUUGAGUUGUGACAUAAAUUUUAUAAAUUUCUAGUAUUUACAAAAUGCAUUAAAAGAAGCGUUGCGUUUGUGGAUGUCACCUGGUUUACAGGUCAGUGGGCGGGGCCAAGGACUCCAAUGACACCCACAAGUUGUUUUGCAUAAUCUACCUCUUACGAUGAAACCAAUCAGAUGUUAAUCCUUCCUAACUUGAUGAAGUAAGUGACGGAUGACACACGUUCGGUCCGUGUGGAGCUUUAGGAGCAGCAGGUAACAAACCUCACGUGUUGCUAUUUCAAUUUCAUGUCAAAUGAGUUUAGUUCUCUGGAGCCUUUCAAAGUAAAAGCCUGUUUAGUGCCUUCACUGUCAGCCAGCUGUGCAGACACACAACGUGAUUCAGAGGGAAUUCUCAGUGUUUGAUUUGUCCUACAGGGCGCAGCAGACGGGUGGAGUUUUCUGCGUUUGGAAAGAUUUUUAGAUCUAAAAUGUGAAUGUUUUUGGCUGCUGACACAUUUAAGCCGCAGUAGCUGGAAAUAUCGAACAAUAUCAAACGUGUCAGAUAAAUUGAUAAGAGAGCGCUAACAUGUUUUAAAAAAAGCACCUUUUUCUGAAAUUUGGUGUAGAAAUGGAUUUUACUUUCAUGUCUAUGGAGCUGAAUCAGCACCUGAUUAGCCUAGCCUACCUUAGCCUACCUUAGCCUAGCUUAGCCUAGCUUAGCUUAGUUUAGCAGGUGUGUAUUGCCGCCCAGCACACUCCUCCCUCAGACGGGUGGUUUCUAUUGCAGCGUCCUGUUGAAUAAAAGUUAUGUUAGUUUAUUUUUAAAAAGGGAACGCACUUAUAUUUGUCUCUUUAAAUCCUUGUGCUAUAAGAGACUAGUUUAAAACUAUUGUAGCAAAAGAAAAAUGCUCUAAAUUGCCCGAUCAGUACGAGCGGUUUGUAUUGAUCGGUGAUUGGAGGAAAAGGAAAAUCCACUUUUGCAUCAGGAAAUAAAGUGUUGUUAAUAAAUGAAAAAGAACAACAGGUUCUCUCCAGCUUUAUAAAGUUACAUUUUUCUGGUUCAUUUUAAUGGAUCUAUUUACAUAAAUUAGCUGUAAUUAUCAUGCCACAUUCAUGUCAUGUAAGAAUCACCCUCACUACCAGUUUCUGACAUAAAGAACCUGUGAUGCAUUUAGGGGAAUAUAAUAUUCAUAACUUUAUAAUCACCAUGAGUUAAGAAUCUCUGUUUUAACUAGUUUAGAGUUUCUGAAUCGUCUGUUUUUAUUCACUCAAAGUGCCAAAUGUGAUGAAUGAUUCAGGAAAUCAAUCCUUAUGUUACUAAUAUUUUGUAUGCAGCUCUGCACGACUUAUCACUUUGCAUUGAAAGCUGCAUUCGUCAAUAGAUUUGAUCAGUGGAUCAAAUCAUAGGCUGUCAUGAGAGAAAUGAACUCUGCAGCUUUAAGAAGCUUUUGGGUUUUAUGGCUGAAAAUAUGAGCCACAUUUUGGAGACCAAAGCAGAGCGAAAAGUGUUAAUUCUGGACUUUUAUUCGUGUAUAUAUACAAUGAAUAUAUAUAUAAAGUAGAUACUGAAUGUGUGGAUAACAGGUGGGUUCUUGUGCCCCCUGGUGGCCAGAAACAUGCAGCUUUAAAUGAUCAAAGUUAUGAGGAUCAAGUUUGUCGGUUUUCUUUUAAAUAAUAAUUUAAAUUUGUGAAGUGUUGUAAAAUAUCAAAUGUACUGCAAAUGGAAAGAAAAACAUAUUUAAUAUGAACUUUCUUGAAUGAAGCAAACAUAAUAAGCUCUGGUUUGUAGGUACGAAUGACUGCACUGGUUCCCAUUGAUGGAAAUAUGAUCCUCUAUACACAUUAUAUCACAUUAUAUCUGUCCAUUUUUUUAUUCCACGUAUGUUUGUGUUUGAACGUGUUAUUGUGACCUGAAGAAGAACCAACGACUCGGAUGUGAAUCAAUGAGUCGUCUGUUUUUUCUCUGUUGAACCAGUAAAACGUCUGAAUGUCUUUGUUGAGGACGAGUCGCCUGUCGAUGGCGCCGCCUUCAGAGACCCUUUUUUUUUUACAGUAUUCUUGUUUCAAGUCAAAGCGAACAUUCCUCACCCAUUAAAGGACUAAAUAUGAA